AAUCGUAAACACGUGUUUACUCCGUGAUUAUGGGGAGGGAGAAAAGAAAAGAAGAAGAAUGGUAAUGUGGUAAUUUCGCAGUACUAAACUCCAGAAACCAACGUCUCUGAUCUUUCUCUCUCACGCUUUUUCUCUUUUUUCUCCCCAAAAACGACCGCCUGAUUGGUUCUUUAUUUCUUUAUUUAUUUAUUUUGGUCUCACAUUUUUGUUCACCAAAUUCUUUCUUUCUCCUCUUCUUCUCCGGCUUCGUUCCCCCUCCCUUUCGACCGGCUCCGAUCAGCCGCCGUCAGCUAUGACGUCCGGGACGAGAAUGCCAACUUGGAAGGAGAGGGAGAACAACAAACGCCGUGAGCGGCGCCGCCGUGCCAUCGCCGCUAAGAUCUUUCUCGGCCUCAGAAUGUACGGCAAUUACAAGCUCCCCAAGCACUGCGACAACAACGAGGUUCUCAAAGCCCUCUGCGAUGAAGCUGGAUGGACUGUCGAAGAGGACGGCACUACCUAUCGAAAGGGAUGCAAGCCUGUGGAGCGCAAUAUCAUGGGCGGAUCAGCAUCUGCUAGUCCAUGUUCAUCUUACCAGCCGAGCCCAUGUGCAUCUUAUAACCCAAGUCCUGCUUCUUCGUCCUUCCCAAGCCCCACUUCUUCCCGUUACGCCAUUAAAGCCAAUGACAAUGCUCCUGACGCCAAUUCACUAAUCCCAUGGCUGAAGAACCUCUCCUCCGGUUCAUCAUCAGCUUCCUCCAGGCUGCCUCACCACAAUCUUUAUUUAACUGGUGGCUCCAUAAGUGCGCCUGUCACCCCUCCAUCAAGCUCCCCGACAGCUCGAACACCCAGAAAACCGAAUGAUUGGGACRAUCAUCCAGCUGCUGCUCCUGCUUGGGCUGCGCAGUGCUUCUCAUGCUUGCCUGCAUCAACCCCGCCGAGCCCCGGGCGUCAGGUGUUGGCCGAUUCGGCAUGGCUUGAUAGUAUGCGGAUUCCCCAAAGUGGACCGUCGUCUCCAACCUUCACUCUUGUGGCAAGGAAUCCGUUUGGGUUUAAGGAGGCAUUGUCCGCCGGAGGGUCUCGGAAUUGGACUCCUGCGCACAGCGGGACAUGCUCACCCACGAUCGCUGCAGGUGUUGAUCAUACUUCAGAUGUUCCAAUGACGGAUGGAACUUCUGCGGAAUUUGCCUUUGGAAGUUGUUCGAUUGGGUUGGUGAAGCCUUGGGAAGGAGAGAGAAUUCAUGAGGAAUGCAUCUCAGAUGAUCUUGAACUUACACUUGGGAAUUCUAGAACGAGGUGAAAGAAAGUCACGAGUUCCAAAAUUUGGUUCUUUCUCUAAAAGGAAGGGAAAGAUUCAACUGCAUGUCCGUAUGUUUUGAUUGGCAAAGUUUGCCCCUCGGUUUACGGUUUAAUUCUUUCCUUGAUAAUCGAUUUGUCGUUCUUGUUCCUUCCAAAAAGUAAAUUAGAUUCUGGCUUGGUCGUUGAAAGGGUUAUUUCAUUGCCAUAUUCAAUUCAAUAGAAUGUCAAUUGUCAAGU